AUGGCUUUCCGCGGCGAACGUUUCGUGCUCGACCUCGAUGGGGAUGAAGGGGCUCCUGAAAUCCCCUCUCCCUUCUCUUUAGUCGGUGAAAUCCAAGAACGGGCCCCCUCUGCUGCCAAACCUCCCGUCCCCACGCUGUCGAGUUCAACCGGCUUCCCGGCACCUCGCCAGCGCAAGCCAUCGUCGUUCAAACAGCGACGAGCUCAACAAUCUGCCCCAGCACCCUCGACCGAGGAACCUGUGCAAGAUGAAAAGAAGCUUAUCGACGAGCAGAACCGGCGACAGUUGGCAGCCAUGUCGGACGCCCAGAUCAACCAGGAACGGGAAGAGUUGAUGGAACAAAUGGACCCAAGUCUUCUAGAACGCUUCCUUCGCAGAGCUAGAAUCGACGAGGACGAACAUAAUGACAAAGAGCCCCCAGCACCAGCAACAGAAACAGUACCGGCACCGGCAUUAAAGAAUGAAACUGCGUCUAAAUCGAAGAAAUCGGUGUCAUUCGAUGUGCCCGAGCCAACAACCAGACCUCGAGCGCCAUCAACAGCUCAAUCCCACUCCCUCAAAAAGUCGUCUAAACCACACCCGGAUCUCCAUCCAGCAUCCGAACGUCCCUCCCUCGAUCCAGCAACCCUCGAAACCUUCCACUUCCCCCAGCCCUCAACGCCCAUGCCAAUCCUCGACCCCUCCUCCCCUAACUUCCUCUCCGAUCUCCAGUCCCACUAUUUCCCCGAAAUAUCCCAGGACCCAUCAACCCUCUCCUGGCUCCAACCCCUCAGCGCGGAUGAAGAAGACCCAGACUCAACAUCCGCCUAUCACCCAGCCAGCAGCGCCAUCUCCAUGGCCCCCUCAGCAAUCCGCUUCUCCCUUACAGGCACAGUCCUCGCCCCGGAAACCUCCCUUUCCAUCCCAACAACCAUGGGCCUGCACCAUCACGGCGACGAUCCACACGCAGCGGGAUACACAAUCCCCGAGCUGGCUAUUCUCGCACGCUCAACAUUCCCCGCCCAGCGCUGUAUCGCAUGGCAAGUCAUCGGCCGGAUCCUCUUCCGCCUCGGUCGGGCCGAAUUCGGUGAUCGUGGUGGACCCUUGUCCGAGGGUCUAUGGUUCGUUAUCGAGAAGGAAGGUGUUGUCGCGGGCAUGCUCGCUGAAGCGGAUGGUGCGGCUGGCCAGAGCGCUGGCAGGAAGAAGCCUUCCCUUGACAAAGACGGCGAGGCUAAGAAGGAUGGCGGGCCUGCUGCGUCUGGUGUUGGGCGUCAUGCUAGUGCUGCUGCUUGGGCUGUGGAGGGUAUUUGGUUGUGGCAAAAGGGUGGUGGUGGUGAUCGUGGACUAUUGAAGGAAGGACAACACCGCUCGUUAUAG